AUGCCGGUUGCGUAUUAUCGUUUGUUGCUGCUGUUAUCACGUGUCGUCCUCUUGUCACACUUUUAUAUUAACGAUCAGUGGUCGGCGACUGAGUCGCAUGGUGGCUUUUGCCUGGGCGUAUCGCACGUACCUCGCAACACCUUCCGACCGCGAGUGAGCAGCGUCUUCAGUUUGAAUGCAGUUCUUUAUCCUUCCAAGGUUCCAAAGGUUCCGGAUGUUGUUGCACGCAGGUUAGGAGUAAGUAGAAAUCUCAUUGAUUCACGUUGCGUUCGCUCCAUUUACGCUUUUAUCUCCGCCGCUGGUUACGGGGCUAAUGCCGCAUCCGCGGCGCUACCGAGGCGAUGGCACUGCGCACAAUCGCUAGACGAGGAGGACAAUCACCGCCUGCUUAAGGAGGUUGCGUUAAACAAGGAAGAGCACUUGGCUAAGUCGCUUGACCCAAAAUGCAGUUUUUACCGCUACUUCAACAUCACCCGCAGCAAUGUCGGCGAGCAUUUGCGGAAGACGAUGGACGAGCACUUCGAGUCCGAACGGGAGCAGGCGGCUCGCUCGUUGUACGUGGUUGACGGCAAUGCUUUCAAUGGCGACUACACGAACUGGCGGUUGCCCAUCCCGCGGGAGAUGGCUUCCUACGAUUUCGAAGGCGUGAACCCCAAAGCCGGUGAGCCCUUGUCUGCGCAAGGUGAUGAGGUUAAACCUCGAUUCGGCGAUGCUAUGCUGGAUUCGAUCCAUACCGUCAUAUCGGAGGCGGACAGUGCCGAUUGCGUGAAGGGUGCGGAGGCCCUCUGCGACCUGUACGACGAGGUCGGAGACUACGAGUACUACGAGACAUGCCGGGGUAAAGUGAUAAAGAAAGACUAUCUGGAGGACGUGGAUAUUCUGAUCACCGAUGAGACGAAGCGUGAGCGCGAGAUGCGGCACAACGUGCUGUCGCAGCCAACAGCCUUUCCGUCGUACCUCGACCCCGUGAACCCUGCGCACCGCACUGGUCGCGGGAGGGAGCUGCAACGACGGUCUGAUUCGGGUUCGUGCGCCGUAUACCUCCGACAUCAUUAUGUAGGGCGAUUGCAGCGGCUGCGUUGGAACAUGGACGUUGACCCGGCGGACGACAUCCUGCGUGGCCCUCGUAAGACCGGGAACAGCGUCACCAAGGAGUUCGUCGACUCCAUCGAGUGGGAGCAGCCGAUGCCCACGCACCACGACCGCAACUUCUUUAAGCGGUCAUUUGCGGAGGGUGGCUUUGGCGAGCCUGACAGGACGGUCGACAGCUACUUCGAUGUGCAAUUCAUAGGCUCGCCUGAUGCGUACCCGUAUGCGAUAUCUGCGGGAAUGCAGUUCACGUGGCCGAUAUACUGGGUGCCGCUACUGGCGAAGAAGCACCCCAAGCGCUACUGCCAGCCGUUGCGUUCGCCGGUGUUUAACUUGGGUGGUAUUGAGCCCCUACAGCUCUGGUUCUAUCCCGAGGGCAGUGCGAGUUCCACAGAUGGGUUCUGCUCGCUCAAACUUGUGUCGCCCCCCGGGUGGUGCCUGCCCUAUCGCAUUUACCUGUUUGUAUUCAGCGAAUACAACCGGGUAGUGGCGGGCCCUAUGUAUCGGGAAUCCGCAGAGUAUGUGGCUCGUUCCUUGAACUUCUGCAGGCUCCUCGACAAGAGCGACAAGGAAAGGAUCCGCAUGCGUGAGAACGACAAGGAUUACGUGAUCCUGGGGCCAGCUGGCAAUGUGUACGCCGGGGUCGGGAUCGUUGACGAGCCUGUGCGGUCCAAGGACGGCGCCCACCGCUUCGCGUAUGACUGGGACGAAGGGGACUACGACUUCAACCAGUGGCUCAAGAAGCAGACGGCCGACCCCGACGACGCCUUCCAGCAGGAAAACGUUGACCGUGAGCGGACUCACAGCAUCUGGUAUGAGUCUCACAAGUACAAGUACGUGCCAGAUCGUCACAUCUCGAGGUACUGGAGAAGCCGGUACAGCAAGGAGCUGGACUGGCGGCAGCCCACAUUUUAG